AUGGAAUGUGAAGAUAACAAUUUUAUUAAUGUAUCAUACAUUAAAAGCGAUGAACACAGUCAAAGUGUAAAUAUCAACUCUGAAACAGACGAUCCCUUAAAAGAACUUGGUCUACAACCAAAUCCACCGAGUUACUACAAAUUAGACAGUAUAGUGUUUGCCGAGCCAUUGAAAAGCAUUUCAAACAACGAAAAUGCAUUGAAAGACAUAGAAGAACACACUGAAUUCAUUGUUAUGGAUAAUGUGCUAAUAAAAAAGGAGGCCGGAAAGCAAUACAAGAAGUAUCUUAUGGACUUAAAUGAAUCACAGUUACAAUGUCCACAGCCGAACUGCACUUGCUCAUUCACAACCACAAAACUCCUAAAAGCCCACAUACGUAAGGUACACUGCGCAGACAAACAGAAGUACAUAUGUGAGCAGUGCGGGCGCGGGUUCUCAGCGCAGUACUUGUUGCAGCGACAUGUGUUAGUGCACACUGGGGUGUUGGUCGAGUGUACUGUGUGUGGCGUCAAACUGAGGGGGAGGACUGGUUUAACGAACCAUCUCCGUUCUCACCUGAACAUUCGUGCUCACGAGUGUGGAUUCUGCAAGAAGAAGUUCACGAGAGCAUCCACCUGUGCAACUCAUAUCAAGUUUGUGCAUAAGCAAGGAAUGUUGGGAUGUGACCAGUGUGAGCAACAAUUUGCAUCUCGUAAUCAAUGGAGUUUGCACAUGAAGACCCAUCGGGAGGAACACCCUGGUUGA